GUUCCAGAAUAAUGUAAAGUAGAUUUUAGCACCUUACACCUGCAGACGGACAAUGAGUAGAAGAUGAUCCUGUAUUUUAAAGGUUGAUAGUGCUCUGUCGGGAAGCAGUAUGCUAUCCACAUUUCUAUAUGCACAAGGAAGAGGGACGUGUAUUUUUCUUACGCAUUCUAAAAUGAAAGCCUGUCAUUCACUUGGAGUUACAGAAGGAAAAGAUGCACAACUGUAUGCAAUUGCUGUGCCUGAUUUCCGAUUUUGUGGACUAAGUUGAGCUUAUAGAGCGAUCCGCUUCACCUGGUGGGAAGCUGGUGGUUUCAGAAACAAACAAGCAGAAAAGGUGAAGAUAAAGAGUGUCAGAAUUGUGCCAUUCGGUGUAGUUGAAAGUAGAUUCUGUUACUGGAUUUGCUUCCCGAGGUACCUCGUGGAAAACUAACAUAGAACUUGUGGCUUUUGUUUUUCUUCUAACUGUUCUGCAGUGAGGAGAGUUACAACGUCACAGAUUAUUCCUUAAGGGAUCAGCUAGUGGUACAGCAAUGUGACGGUGAGGACCUGACUUCUUCUCCUGUGAAGAACGCUUCCGCCAUGCUCUACUCGCGGCAGAGCUCCCCAGUUCACCUCUUCAGACUGGCAGUCCUCAGUAACCACGCAGGAGAGAAGGUGGAGCUGCUUCUGGGAACAGACACUCA